AUGAAGACACCCAUUGGAGCUUUAAUCACGUUCUUAUGGCUAGAGCUGGACUGUGUCAGUCUUGGAAACGAGGUGGAGCAGAGUCCUUCUACUCUGAGUGUCCAGGAGGGAAACACCGCUGUUAUCACCUGCACUUACACAAACACAGCUUCAGAGUAUUUCCCUUGGUAUAAGCAAGAACCUGGAAAAGGCCCCCAGCUCCUUGUAGCUAUUCGUUCAAAUAUGGGUGAGAAAAAAGACCAGAGACUGACUGUUUUAUUGAAUAGGACCGCCAAACGUCUCUCCCUGCACAUUGCAACCAUCCAACCCGGAGACUCAGCUGUCUACUUCUGUGCAGCAAGGACACAGCGCUUCCCAGGCACCCGCUACCUGUACUCAUACUUGUGA